GUCCUCACUCCCUACUCGAGCCAGGUGGACCUCGUCCGGAGGGAGGGGACCGCCUGCCGCGUCAGCACAGUGGACUCGUUCCAGGGCCAGGAGACGGACCUCGUCGUGUUCUCCGCCACCCGCUCCAACGGCGUCGGUGAUCUGGGCUUCUGUCGCGACCCGCGGCGGCUGUGCGUCGCCAUCACGCGGGCGAGGCGUGGGCUGGUACUGAUUGGCGAUGCCCGGACGCUC